AUGGAUCAAAAGCUCAAAAGGGAGAUGCAGCCUUCCUCCUUGUAUGCUAUGCGUGCUGCCCGCUCUCUGGCAGAAGGCGCUCUGUCUCGAGGAGGUCUCCCAGCGCCCUUCGCGAUGGUGGCCUCCCAGCACCGUGUACCGCGGAUUUACCCGCUCCCCAAGAAGGUGCUGAGCCACGGCGUGUUCCGGGCGUUGCUGGAGAGGCGCCGACACACGCUGGACAGUCUAAUCGUGCUUCUAAAUUCAGGGACGGAGAGAGGGGACAAGGGUAAUCUCUCAGAUAAGCUCCCCAAUGGAGAGGACCCGAUGCAGAUUGAUGGUAAUGAAGAGGCAGAGCGAGGGCCGCCAGCCGAGUCAGCGGGGCCGCAUUGCGAGGAUAAGGAGGCAGGCGAAAGGACGGUAGAAGUGGGUAAUAAUGGCGCAGGGCCUGCAGGGGCCGUCGAGGAGGAAAGGGAGGGGGAAGCGGAAGAAGGUAAUGAGGAAGGGAGUAGGCUAGGAAACUUUCUGGAUGCUGCAGAAAGGGAUGGGUUGAAUGGGGGGUUAGCAGCAGAAGGUGACGAGGGCACCCGGGCUAGGGGUAAUAUUGACCAAGAUUCAGAGGUUUUACCAAACGCUGAGGAUGAUGCUCUGACCAGAAAUGGGAAAACCGUGCAAGAUCUGGGGCGGGAGACACCGCAGGAAGAGGAAGGGGAGGCGUCACCAUCUGCGGAGGGUGAGGAAAGAAAGGCGGUAGAAAAAGCGGAGCUAGAAGAGCAACUGAACAAGCUGGAGAGCAAGAAGCAUAAGCUUGUCCAGCAGCUAAAACAGGUCCUGGUACGGGAGGACUCGAGAAAGUUUGUGCGGCCGCCUCUUACAGCGUCGCCCGUCCCGUCACCCAGCUCACUAACUGUUUCUCCCAACUAUUACAUGCCAAACGCAUCCCCUCUGCCGAGCGCAUCCUCGAGCCACCCGUCCCCCCUUGCUACGGCAAACCAGUUUACCGCCCCCCUGAAAAAAGACGACGAAGCGCUGGAGGAAGGCGAGCUUCCUGACGGGGGGUCCCCACAUCGAAAUGCCAAGCCACAGGUAGAAUCAGAAAGGGGCCCAAGUGCAGGCAUUGCUGGGGACUGGGACCGACCAGGGGAGCGCACCCGGCUGAUGCAUAGUGCUUCUUGGGACCAGCGGAAUGAUCGGUACUAUCUUGGGGGAGAGCGCGCAUCGGUGGUCUCGCCGAAGGCUGGGUUUGGGAGCAGGAUGGGGAGCCCGUAUUACCAGCCCCUAAGCUUACGGAGGAACUUUUCGCUGGGGCCCACUGUUACGGGCCCAAAUCGGUUCCCUCUUAGGAGCACAGGGUCUGGAAUAGGCCUUGAGAACAUGCUUAGCCCUCAAGACCCGAUGCUUCCGUCUCCGCUCGGAGAUAGUCUGGGAGGGCCCUCUCCGGGCGCUGGGAUGUCUAACUUCCAGUCUCGAUCGAGGGGAAAGUAGUCUAACCUGCUACACUGAUUGCACUAAUCUAUUAUCUCUUCUGAAGUAGUUACGGACUUGGGUGCUGGCUUACAGAACCUGGUGAACUUACAGCCCUUGUAAAUAUAGUCAUAGAUAGACGGAAGAAGGUUCACAGUGCUGGAUAUAAAGCACACAGUUAGGGAUGAGUUCCAUAGGGUACACUUUUCUCGUGGGAUGAUUGAUUGAGCACGCAUUCAACUGCAAUAAUGGGAAGCUUUGGUUGAGCUUUCAAUCCAAAGGUAUUCUGUAGCAGGCAUGCA